CAUGUUGACAUGUUUCUCUUCUAAUUCAGCAGUUCUCACUGCUGGGGCGCCUAAAUAAACUAAACUUAAAAAAAAACAAAAAAACAUUUAAGUCAAAUGAGUGCUGGAUGUUAAACUACUCAGUUUUCUCUCCUGAAAACUGUUUAUUUGGCUGAAAGUGGUCGCUAUUGAUGGAAACCUUCAAGUUACUAACCAGAGCAAUGUCCAGUUUGACAGUGAUCUACCAGAGUUCAGGACUCAGGGGGGAGUACACAUUCAUGAAGACCGAUUGACAGUGACCUCCCCAGUGCACAUGUGGGUGAAGGCGCUGGACUUAAUCCUGGAGAAGAUGAAGAACGCUGGCUUUGACUUCUCCAAUGUGAAAGCACUUUCAGGAAGUGGGCAGCAACAUGGCAGUGUGUACUGGAGAAAAGGAGCGAGGCAGGCUCUGCAGCAUCUUGAUCCAGGCAGAGAUUUGCACAGCAUGCUGCAGGGUAGUUUUGCUGUCCAGGACAGUCCAGUGUGGAUGGACUCCAGUACUACAGAGCAGUGUCAGUGCCUCGAGUCUGCAGUAGGGGGUGCUCAACAACUUGCUGACAUCACUGGGUCACGGGCCUAUGAGCGUUUCACUGGAAAUCAGAUUGCCAAGAUCCAUCAGUUCCAGACAGAUAAAUACAAUGAAACUGAGAGAAUCUCAUUGGUCAGUAGCUUUGCUGCCUCUCUCUUCCUUGGAGACUAUGCAGCUAUAGACUACAGUGAUGGUUCAGGGAUGAAUUUAAUGGACAUCUUCACCAAGAAGUGGUCACAGCCAUGUAUGAAUGCUACAGUACCUCAACUGGCAGAGAAGUUGAAGGAGCCCAAGCCGUCCACAGCAGUUCUGGGCUCUGUUUCUCCAUACUUCAUUGAGCGCUUUGGGUUUCCAGAAGAUUGUAAAGUGGUGGCUUUCACUGGAGACAACCCUGGAUCACUGGCUGGGAUGCGGCUCCAGGAGGGAGAUAUAGCAGUGAGUUUGGGCACCAGUGAUACCGUGUUCCUUUGGAUCAAGGAGCCGAGACCGACAGUGGAGGGCCAUAUCUUCUGCAACCCUGUCGACUGUCACUCUUACAUGGCCUUGAUCUGCUAUAAGAAUGGCUCUUUGACUAGGGAGAGGAUCCGUAACGAGUGUGCCGAAGGAUCAUGGGAAGGUUUCUCCAGAGCCCUGAGGUCUGUUCCUAUAGGAAACAAUGGAAAUAUAGGUAUUUAUUUCGAUGCAAUGGAGAUCACACCUCCGGCCGUUGGGGUUCACAGAUUUGAUAAGCAUGGCCGAUGGGUAGCUACCUUCACCCGGGAGGUGGAAAUUCGAGCUCUGGUUGAAGGACAGUUCUUGGCAAAGAGGGUGCAUGCCCAGAAGCUGGGCUAUAAGAUCAUUCCAGGAACGCGCGUGCUGGCGACGGGAGGGGCCUCGUCUAACAAGGACAUCCUUCAGGUUCUAUCUGAUGUCUUCAAUGCUCCAGUGUACACUAUUGAUGUGGCCAACUCUGCAUGUCUGGGUGGUGCCUACAGAGCCAUGCAUGGACUUGUGGCUGAAUCGGGGGUGUCAUUCGCAGAAGCAGUGAGAAAAGCCCCAGGAGCACAACUCGCAGUGACGCCAACGACGGGGGCAGAGGAGAUUUAUGGGCCUCUCCUGAAGAGAUAUGCUGAACUGGAGGAGAAAGUUCUCAAGGACACGACUGGAUGAUUCAACUCAUACUGUGCCUUUCAGCUGUGUAAACCUCUGUGCCAUGAUCUCAUGAAGCCUUAACCAUGAUUCACUGAUCCUUAUAAAGAAAUGUAUGAACUAGGUAUGUAUGUGAAUGUUAGUAUUUGGACAGUGAUACAUUUUUUUUUUUUUUCAUUUUGCCUCUAUGUGUGAUCGAAAUAGGUUAAAAAUGAAGCAAGCUUAACGUGUAUGAAAUUUAGAUUUCCAGGAUUAAUUCAAGGGGAUUAACAAUUUCAGGCACACAUAGAUUAUUUCUAUCAAAAUGUCAGAUUUAUUGAUAUGGACAAAUUACAAACAAUAAAACUAAAUCAGAGCUGGAUACAGGGCCAAAAGUAGUUUCUGAAGUGUUUAUUCUGGUAACUAAUGUGCACUAAUUGGUGUUAAGUGGUGCUACAUCACUUGUGAUUUCUGUGUUUUUAAUAACAGUAACAGUGAAUCAGUCAGAAACCAGGGCUGCUUUCCACUCAGACCAACAGAUUUUAGCAAAGAGUAUUUUUCACACAACAUGCACGUGAUUGUAUAGUGUACAGAUUCAGUAGUUCAGAGCAUAUUCAGAAAUAUUUAUAGCACAUUUUUGGAGGGAAAAUCUAGGGAGCAAAAUACCUGAAACAGAGUUUAGGACACAAAAACACAAAAGUUUUGUUCACAGUUUACUAUGAAGAGCAGGAAUUAUAUAACAGCUCUGAUAUGUGAAGCACUUGUCUGGACAUUAACUCAAAGACGUUACCAUUUCUUAUCAAAUCUAUACAAUUAAUAAAACACCAGAUAUAUUUAUAAGUCUAUAGAGCAAUGUUUCAAAGUUUUUAACUCUGUAUAGAUUAAAAUAUAUAUAUAUAUAUUUUAAAAAGGGAACUGCAGCAGCUACACACCGUCCAUCUCAGAGCUCUCACAUUGACGUUAAAACAAGAAAAGAAAAGCUCCCAAAAAUAUUUUAAUCCUUUUUUUUUAUACAAAAAUAUAAAUAACUUUGUACAUGUUUUUAACCCCUUUUUAUAUAACAAUAGAGCCAUUUUGGUGAAAAUCAUUAAUUAUACUGGGUGUUAAUUUAAACUCCAUUACACUCAAAAAUAUAAUCAAACAAGCAAAUAAAACGUUUACCGUGUUAGUUAAAACAUCAGUGUUA